AGCUCACAACUAUUCUGUAUGCACAACUUAUCGCAACAUGCGUAUAGAAACGUGUUAUUUCUGUUCAUCCCGGAUAUUUCCGGGACACGGAAUUCAGUUUGUAAGGAAUGAUUGUAAGAUAUUCAAGUUCUGUCGCUCGAAAUGUCACGCUGCAUUCAAAAAGAAGAAGAAUCCGAGAAAAGUCAAAUGGACCAAGGCCUACAGAAAAACAGUUGGCAAAGAAUUGGCGGUGGAUCCGUCGUUCGAGUUUGAAAAGAGGAGGAAUGUACCCGUCAAAUAUAACAGAGAAUUAUGGAGCAAGACUUUGGAGGCAAUGAAAAAGGUAGACACUAUCAGGCAGAGGCGACAGAAUCUACACAUUAUGCAGCGAUUACGUAAGGGAAGAGAACUCGAACAGGAGAGAGACAUCAAGGAGGUGCAGCGUGACCUGUCUCUUAUCCGUUCGCCAGCCGCUGGUCUCAAACAAAGAAAGAAGCAAGAAGAGGCAGCCGAAGAACAGGAACACAUGCAAGUAGAUCAAGAUUCCAACGAUGAACUCGAAGCCGUGGCAGAAAUUAAUUAAAUCGUUGUAUAUAUUUUUAUGUCAUUUCAAUAUCCUAUACAUUAUUUCCACUGUAUUAAUUAAUUAUCAGUUAUAAGUUAUAAUAUGUAGAUAUAUUAAUUUUUAACAAAAUAAAUUAUGGAA